CUUAGCAACAGAUUUUUAAUUUUUAAUUCAUCACAACUUGAAAAUCUUGUAUAAUUAUGAACAAAUGUGAUUGUAAAACCCAAAUUUGUAAUCAUAAUAAUGUUUAUAUACAACCACCGAGAGGUAAAUCGUUUGCGAAACAUGGAAUUUAUAUUCGUUCAGAUAUUCCUAUGCAGUACAAAACCGAACAAAAGAUAUCUUUUAAAAACCAACCAAUUAAUGAAUUAAUAAAGAUUAAUUCAUCUUCAAAAAGUAACUGCAUUGAAGAUAAUUUAAAAUUUGGUUUUCAAUGUCCAUCAGAAACAAUUCAGCAAUCCAGUUAUAAAAAAUGGAUAAUUUCAGAUAAGUUAGUAAUUAAAAAACCAAGAGACUGUUAUAAUUUAAUUGGAUGUGGUUCAAUGAAUUUAAAUACUACUAAGCAAAUUGACUUUCAAAGAAAGAAUAUUACCCCACAAAGUAAACACUAUGAAAAACCUUGUAAUAUUUUUAAGUUAAAUACCCCAACUGAAGUUCAAUCAACAACUUAUCAAACAUCUUAUAAAGAUUCUAAAAUAGAAAAAAACAAUGUUGACAUGUUCAAACCUAAAAGUACUUACAUGGCUCCAUCAAAAAAAAUGGAAACAAUGACAACAAAUAAUUUAUAUUAUAAAUAUUGGGCCAAUAAUUCAAAUAAUUCAACUAUAAAAAUUAGGAACAGUUGUGAAACAAAAAAACCAAUGGAUUAUCAAACUACAUACAAUCAUUACUAUACUGAACCAGGAACAUAUACUAAAGAAAUUACAUUUUCAUCAAAUGAUGAUUUAUGUAUAAAAGAGUGUUGUGAUUAAAAAUAAAUCAAUAAAUAUUCUAACGCAUUAAAAUAA